AGGAAGAGCAAGUGAAGAUCAAGAUUUAAAUCCGACUCCGUCACCUUGAAAAACUUGCUUCAGAAGCUGAAAAAACCUUCACUGAGACAAAUGGAUCACAUGGUUAGGCAUCGUUUUGAACCCGGGGAUGUAAAUAUUUUUCAACUUUUCUCUCUCUCUGGACCGAAGAGGUGUGUCUGUUAGAAAAAAGUUGUCCCCAACCCCUCCCACCAACUGUCUCUUAGCCCUAAACUUUGCUGGAGGUUGGAGAAGUUGUUCUUCUGGCAUCCGCCUACACUGAGGUAGACAUAGAAACGCUGUGCCGCCACCCACCUGCAGGCUGCGUUCAUUAAAUUCUGCGAACCACCUCGAUCAUCUGGACACCAACUAAGUAUGGAGGAUUCCUCAGAGCAGUCCCACUGGGUGUCUCCAGCUCUGCUGAGCUCGGACGCUCUCGUUGGUUUCUCCUCCGAGCCCGGACUCCUGCCUCCAGUGGAAGAGAAUGAGUCCUUCUUCUCCAGCCAGGACUCGGACUACAGUGGCCUUUCCUCUUUCUUCUCCAACCCAAGCCACAGCCGGGCAGCAUCCACCUACAGACACAGCUCAGUUCGACCGGUGUUCAGCUCGCCGAGCCUUCUCAGCAACUUCCAGCUCCUGGACGUGCCUGCCACCCACUCCCUGAGCUCACCCUACAACCCCCCAGCCUCCACCUGGAGUGGCGGCCCUCUCACCAAGACCCCGCUGCACUCACACACCCCGACCUCCCUCUACACCCCCGGACUCAACCCCUCCUUCAUCACCUCCAGAGAUGGAUACUCCUCUCCGGGCAGAGAGAACAGGGACAGCCCCAGGCUUCAGGAGGCCCUAAAGAUCGAGCGCUUGAGCCCGCUGGGGGGGUCAGGUUCCAGCAGCAGCUUUCUGAACCUGACCUCUGCCAAUGGGAGUGUAUACACACCGUCAUCCCACUCCCACCCACACAUGCUGAGCCCCUACAGCUCGUACAUGACUGGUCCGCAGGAGUACAGUUCUGCUGCUCUGUACUCCAGCCCCGGGGCCUGGAUCAACCCCUCGUUCUCCCCCAAACUCCGCAACAAGAUGAGGAUAUCCACUCCAGAGGCCAGAGAGUGUGUGAAUUGUGGAGCCACAGCUACCCCGCUGUGGCGUCGGGAUGGUACAGGCCACUACCUGUGCAAUGCCUGUGGAUUGUAUCAUAAGAUGAAUGGACAAAACAGACCUCUGAUCCGGCCCAAGAAAAGACUGAUUGUCAGUAAGCGCGCAGGCACAAUGUGUGCAAACUGUCACACAAGCACAACAACACUGUGGAGACGCAACGCCAAUGGAGAGCCUGUGUGUAACGCCUGUGGACUCUACUUCAAACUGCACAAUAUCAAUCGGCCCCUCACCAUGAAGAAGGACGGCAUUCAAACACGCAACAGAAAGGUCUCCAACAAGAACAAGAAGAGCAAGAAGGUGGCCAUGUUGGAUCAGUACUCUGAGAUGACCCAGCCGUCUUCUCUGGACGACAACGGCGGGCACUAUUCCCUCGGCCCCGGGACUAUGCUGACCUACAGCCACGCACAGCAUCUCAUUCCAGCCCCCUCCCCUCUGCACCCCUCUGCCUCCCUACCCUACACACACCACCUCAACACUGGCAUGAUGCCCACACUAGUGUGAAACAACUAAACCGGCACCGUCGUACAUUCAAGAAUCAGUACACUCGCCUGGUACUUUUAGUGUGGUAUUGUACAUUUGUGUUUCUAGGCUGGAUUUGCCUCGUUGAUGGAGUUUUCUGUAUAUUUUCACUGUAUUUUAUUAGACGACAACAUUUUUUAAUUAUGAUCAGUCAGAUAAAAUUGCUGCACAUUCUCUCAGCUGUAAAUACAUUCACAAAUCGGAUCCGAUAGCCACGUUUGUGUCUCUUUUAUUAUUCAUAAUGUGAAAUUAGUUCUUUAGUUUCGGGAUUUUAUGGGUCUGUUUGGUCUUUUUUAUGAUUGAUAUUACCAUAUUGAGCUCUUUGCGGAGAAAAUAAUAAAACGUGUGACUCAUUC